AUGUCUGACACAGCCAGAGAGCCUGCAUCUGAGCAGACACCCCUGCUCCGCGAUGCGUCGGAGAGCAAUGCGCAGGAUACCCCGCUAUCGGACGAACCCAGUACCAAGGAGCUGAUCUGGAUCCUGGGGAGCAUUUGGUUAGGUGUAUUCUUGGCGGCGCUGGAUACAACAAUUGUCGCUACGUUGUCCGCACCAAUCUCGUCCUCCUUCAAUUCGUUUUCGCUACUCUCGUGGCUGGCUACAUCUUAUCUGAUUUCCAAUGCCGCUUGUCAACCCCUCAGCGGUCGAUUGACUGAUAUUUACUCCCGGCGCUGGGGACUGGUCUUCUCAAAUGUCUUUUUCGCUCUUGGAAACUUGAUCUGUGGCCUGGCGAGAGCUCAAUGGGUUAUCAUCCUUGGUCGCGUUGUGGCGGGCGUUGGCGGAGGUGGUCUUACAGCCAUCUCGACCUUCGUGACAUCGGACCUUGUUCCUCUCCGCAAGCGUGGUAUCUGGCAGGGCAUUGGAAAUAUUUGCUACGGUGCUGGAAUGGGACUUGGGGGUGUGUUCGGUGGCUGGAUCAAUGACACCCUGGGAUGGAGAUGGGCAUUCUUGCUCCAGGUCCCCUUCCUAGUUGUCUCUUGUAUUCUGGUCGCGGUGAAGGUCAAUAUUCCCGUCAAGGAGUCGGAUACCGCUCGUAUCAAGCGGGUUGAUUUCCUCGGUGCCAUAACUCUUGUCCUGACACUGGUGUCUCUGCUUUUGGGCCUUAACACAGGCGGAAACCAGGUACCUUGGACUCACCCAUUGGUCCUGACCUCCCUGGUCAUGUCUGCUGUUUUCCUGGGUAUCUUCAUCUACGUGGAAGCCGAGGUUGCUACUGAGCCUGUCAUCCCAGUCCGCCUUCUCCUGAACCGGACUGUGGCGGCCGCUUGCUUGACCAACUGGUUCACCACAAUGUCUGUCUUUGGACUUCUUUUCUACCUCCCGGUUUACUUCCAGGUGCAGGGUCUCUCAGCCACUGCUGCCGGCGUUAGGUUGAUCCCGCAGGCCAUCGGUACCUCAAUUGGAUCUUUGGGUUCGGGUCUCAUCAUGCGCGCCAGCGGUCGCUACAAGCUACUCAACUAUGUUGCUAUGGCUCUUCAGGUCAUCUCAGCUGGACUGAUUUGUACCAUGAACCUUUCUACUCCUAUAGGACUACCAUUUGUCUAUUUCUUUUUGAGCGGUGCAUCUUACGGCGGCAUGUUGACCAUCACCUUAGUGGCGCUCAUUUCAGCCGUGGAUCAUAAACACCAUGCUGUGGUGACCUCCGCCUCUUACGCUUUCCGCAGUACCGGAAGUACCAUUGGUAUCACCAUCGGCUCGGCCGUUUUCCAAAACACUCUCAAGCAGGGACUUUGGUCUCGGUUUGGUGAUAAUGAACACGCCAAGGAGCUGAUUGGACGCCUUCGCGAUAGCCUGGAUGAGAUCUGGAAGCUUCCCGCAGAUUGGAUUCCAGGGGUGCUAGACGCUUAUAUGAUUUCGUUGCGAUCUGUAUUCUUGACGCUGCUGAGUCUUGUUAUGCUGGGAGCAUUGUCGAGCCUUGCCAUGCGAGAGCACAAGCUUCAUAGUAAUUUGGCCCGUCGAUAG